ACAUGUGUCAGAGCUUUCCUGCACUUGUCCGAAACUCUCUUAGACUACAUUUCCAGAAGUGCCUAUCUCUAAUUUAACUCUACGUUUUCUCUCGUCCUCUGCCCCUCGACCCAUACUGCAUGCAGUGACGCCCACCUCAUCACUUCAGAUCACCUCAGAUCCUUCUUGAUACUUUGUGUUUUGCAUUGUGGGGAAGAUGAUCGCAGUGCUGCUGCUUCUGAUCCUGCAGCCAGGACCUGUGAGUGCUACUUGGUCAGUGACUUUUGAAAACUCAGAUCCUUGUGGUUUAAAGGGAUCAUCAGUGGAGUUCAGGUGCUCAUACAACUACACAGAUGGUGAAACUGUUACUAACACUGCAUGGCACAAAGGGGGAUUAAAAGAUAAACAGUGGAAACGUUUUAAGCUCUCAGAACUUCCUUCAUAUCAAAAUCGUUCUGAAUAUAUUGGAGACCAACAACAUGACUGUAGCCUGGCAAUUCAUGACCUGCAGGAUAAUGACACUGGAUAUUACUACUUCAGGUUUGAUACGGGGAAGUACGGACGGCAUAGUAAAGAAUCAGUGUAUCUGUCUGUCACAGAGCUGAUCAGUGCCAGGGUGAACCCUGACAGAGUGAGAGCUGGAGACACCGUGACUCUUGAAUGUACAACAUCCUGCCAACUUCCCAGCAUAGUUUGGUUUAAAGAUGGACGUCCAUUAGCAAAACCAGAGUUCCAGGCUCAGACAGAGGAUGCAGGGAACUAUGCAUGUGCUCUCAAAGGACAGGAGUCAGUGCUAUCGGACCCUGUGGCUCUGGAUGUUCAGU